CAGCUCAGUGGGUAAUUGACGGGGGACGGGCUGAGGGACAGGCAGAGCGGACAGCGCUUCUAAUAUUCUUGCCUGGGACUGACCUCUCCUACUAAUCUCUCUCCCUGUACUGAUGCUGUGACACUCCGGGUGAGGAACGGAAUGGCCGUGCCCUUUGGCGCUGAUACCCCGCGCUACUGAGCCGGGGCAAUAGGAAAGCCCGGUCCUUAUUGGAUGUAGCGCUGAAUAACCAGGGACUUGUGUUGUGGAUCUUUAGGGACAUUGUGGAGCCGAGCGGCCAUGGGAAUCUCCAGCUACUCCCCGAGCCUCAUCUCCUGCUUCUUCCCUCUCAUCACCCUGCUCGAUAUAGGAAAAAUCUCGGCUCUCACAUUACCGGACACCAGGCUACACACGCAUUUUCUGGAGAAGAGUCCAUGGAGAGAAUUCCAGUGUCAGCACAUGCUCAAACAUCUGCACAAUGGUGCUCGGGUCACAGUACAGAUGCCUCCGAACAUCGAGGGUCACUGGGUCUCCAUGGGGUGUGAAGUUCGAUCUGGCCCAGAAUUUAUCACAAGAUCCUACAGGUUCUACAACAAUAAUACAUUCAAAGCCUAUCAGUAUUACUAUGGGAAUAAUCACUGUACAACCCCUACCUAUACUUUGGUUAUCCGUGGCAAGAUCCGUCUCAAACAAGCUUCUUGGAUCAUCCGAGGUGGCACAGAGGCCGACUACCAGUUACAUAAUGUGCAGGUCAUUCCUCACAGUGAAACUGUGGCUGAAAAACUCACGCGGCUGGUGAACCACACAUGCCACAGUUUUGUGCCGGGAGAUUUGCCUUGGGAACCUGGCAUCAGUUAUGAUUUAUGGAGAGAAGAAGGUGGCUUUAAAUGUACAAAAGCACUAAACUUUGCCAUGCAUGAGCUACAGCUGAUCCGAGUAGAAAAGCAAUAUAUGCAUCACAAUUUAGACCAUUUAGUGGAAGAACUUUUUCUUGGAGACAUCCACACUGAUCCCACCCAGAGGAUGUACUACAGACCAUCUAGUUACCAACCACCUCUACAAAAUGCCAAGAACCACAAUCAAAACUGUGUUGCCUGCAGAAUCAUUUCACGUUCUAAUGAGCAUCACCCACCAAUAUUGGCUCCAAAAGCAGAUCUCCCUUUUGGGCUGCAUGGAGAAUGGGUGAGCCAGAGGUGUGAAGUUCGACCAGAAGUUCUGUUCCUCACCAGACAUUUUAUCUUCAAUGAUAACAACCAUACUUGGGAAGGUUUCUACUAUCACUACUCUGAUCCAAUCUGCAAGCACCCUUCCUUCACUAUUUAUGCAAAAGGCCGGUACAGCAGAGGAGUGUACUCUUCCAAAGUCAUGGGAGGAACCGAAUUUGUGUUCAAAGUCAAUCAUAUGAAAGUGACCCCUAUGGAUUUCGCUACAGCUUCCCUUCUGAAUGUCUUCAACGGAGACGAAUGUGGGGCCGAAGGUUCCUGGAAAGUUGGCAUGGAGCAAGAUGUCACUCACACCAACGGCUGCGUGGCACUGGGAAUCAAACUCCCUCACACAGAGUAUGAACUAUUCAGGAUGGAACAAGAUAAUCGAGGAAGGUAUUUGCUUUAUAAUGGCCAAAGACCAAGUGAUGGCUCCAGCCCAGAUAGACCUGAAAAGAGAGCAACCUCUUACCAAAUGCCUCUAGUUCAAUGUACUUCUGCUCCUCUAAAUCCCGAGGGAGCCCACGAUGGUCAACAGAAGUCCCAAAGUAGAAAUUCUGCAGCUGGACACUUUUUCCUUUUUUUGUUUUCCAAUAUCUUUCUCUUGUUUAUUUGUACUUUGCUACAUUUGGAAAUUCUAAGCUAAAAAUAUAGAGACUUUCAACUGUUAAAUAUGGAUAACAUUGGACCAAGGAUUAUUUUUUUCUUUGAAGAAAGGACAUGUGUUUACUUGAUGCACUUGGAUGCCUGAGAACUAUUACCCUCAUUGUCAUUCCAUUCCCUUGUUUCCUCCUCCACCUUUUCCCCUGGUCGUCUUUUAAAGCAUUGGCUAAUUUCCUUUGAAGCUUGGUCUUUGAACUUCACCCAGGCUGACCCAGCCGUAUGAGACUGCACAUCAGUAAUUGCACUUUAGGACAGACAACUUCCUUUUCAUAUAUUGCUGGAGUGAAAAGCCAUUUACACACCAACGAAGCCUGUUUAUUGUCUGUGCCACAUUGCUGUUGUGGAGUUUUUGUGUAUAAAAUGUUCCCCCGAACAGUGUUGCUGAAAAUACUAGGAUAUAUUUUGUACAAUAUUGCAGUAUUUGAUCUUCAAAAUGUUUCCUGAGAGGACCUGGGUAUACUUUUCAGAAAGCAAAUGUAGGGCAGGGGCACACGGGCAGAUUCGGGGAGAUUUAGUCGCCUGGCGACUAAUCACCACUUCUGCGGGGCGACAAUCUCCCCGAACUGCCUUUUGCCUGCUAUAAUGAGAAAACGACAGCGCAAUGGCACUAGCAGCACUUCGAUUUCCGAAGUUGCCUCACAAGGAAACUUCGGGCGACUUCGGAAAUCUAAGCGACGCGAGUGACUUGGCGCAGACGAUUUUCAUUUAGCAGACGGAAGGCAGGGGGAAGGCAGUUCAGGGAGACCACGAAGAAGAGGCGAUUAGUCGCCAGGCGACUAAUUCUGCCCGUGUGCCCCUGCCCUAACUCAUGUAAAAGCUGUAAAUAAUCUGUGUAAUAUAUAAUGUUGUGUCAGAUGCAUUGAUUUAUAAUUACCUUAUAACUUAAGGCCAAAGAGAUUUUAAAUAUUGGAUAUAAAAACGUUUAAGUGCAUUGGAAAUGUCGCAUUAGUCCAGAGGUGCAAAACUGGUUGUUUGGACCAAAAAAUAAAUCACUGAAUUCUA